UCGCCCUCGCGUCAAAUAUGAAUCCAGUCCCGGAAGCCCUGCUUUCACAGUAAAUAGAAUGCGCGUGUUUUGAAGAGUGAAAUACUUUUGGAGCAUACUUUGUGAUUUUGUUAUUUUUUGACUGCUACCUGUUGCAGUAAUUUACCUUUUAAAUUAAUCGUAACAUUUCACAACCCCUUCCCAAAGUUUAGCAUCAUGGCAGCAUUAAAAUAUGCAGGUUUGGAUGAUACUGACAGUGAGGACGAACUGCCACCUGGCUGGGAGGAAAGAACCACAAAGGACGGAUGGGUUUACUAUGCAAACCAUGAUGAACUGAAAACUCAAUGGGAGCAUCCUAAAACUGGGAAAAGAAGAAAAGUGGCUGGAGAUCUGCCGUAUGGGUGGGAGCAAGAAACUGAUGAACAUGGACAGGUCUUCUUUGUUGAUCAUAUAAACAAACGAACCACAUACCUUGACCCAAGACUGGCCUUCACUGUAGAAGAUGCUCCUGAAAAGCCCAGUGCCAGACAGAAAUAUGAUGGGAAUAGUACUGCCAUGGAAAUACUGCAGGGGCGUGACCUUACAGGAAGGGUUAUCAUUGUCACAGGUGCUAAUGCGGGCAUCGGUUUUGAGACUGCCAAGUCCUUCGCACUACAUGGAGCCAAUGUCAUUCUAGCAUGUCGGAACAAAAUUCGUGCUGCCAAUGCUGUUAGCAUGAUCCUGGAAGAGUGGCCCAAAGCCAAGGUGGAAGCCAUGACCCUUGAUUUAGCUUCUCUACGCAGUGUGCAAGAAUUUGCUCAGGCAUUUAAGUCAAAGAAUCUGCCCCUGCACGUACUUAUUUGUAAUGCAGCUGUGAUUGGCCAGACUUGGCGUCUGACAGAAGAUGGUCUGGAAUCAACUUUCCAAAUCUGUCAUCUUGGUCACUUCUACCUUGUCCAUCUACUUCAGGAUGUGCUGCGCCGUUCUGCUCCUGCAAGGGUUAUUGUGGUGUCUUCAGAGUCGCACAGGUUUACAGAUCUUGUGGACACCAACUAUAAGAUAGAUCUCAACUUGCUCUCACCCCCAAAGAAAGAAUACUGGUCCAUGCUAGCUUACAACCGUAGUAAACUCUGCAACAUUUUGUUUUCUAAUGAACUAAACCGGCGCCUUUCCCAGUAUGGGGUCACCUCUAAUGCACUGCAUCCUGGGAAUAUGAUGUACACAUCACUUCAUCGCAGCUGGUGGGUCCUGACUUUCCUCUUUACCUUGGCCCGACCAUUUACAAAGUCAAUGCAACAAGGAGCAGCCACCACUGUCUACUGUGCCAUUGCACCAGAGCUGGAAGGCCUGGGUGGGAUGUAUUUUAACAACUGCUACCGGUGCGUACCCUCAUCAGAGGCCCAAAAUGAGAGGACGGCUGCAGCGCUGUGGGAGCUAAGUGAGCGACUGAUUCGUGAACGGAUCGGGGCCCAGGCUCCCUAAGCUGAGAAUUUGGAAGUCAAACUCAAAGUGAAAGGAAGAGAAUAGCCUUCCUUGCUUUUUUUUUCUUUUUCUUUUCCUUUUCUCUUCUUUCAUUCUUUAAAGAUCCAUUAAACAAGCUACACUUCAUCCAGGCCUGAGCUGUAAUAACAAGUACAAGAAAGCUACUAACCCUGGAUCAUUUCCAGCGACAUCAUCUAGAGGAUUUACAUAUACCUCAGAUACAGAUUAAACAGUGUUAAGUGAAAUAAUUGCAGUCACAACACAGCGAAAAUGUUAAGUGCUAAUGGGAAAUAGGGAAUAGAGCAGGUUAAACGGGACAGUGCCUAUCUCUCUCUCACUCUCUUUCAUUGCGUCUCCUGAGUCUACACAGACUAGCAAUCUGUCUGGCUCAAGAAAUGCUGCAAAUAUUUUCAUUGCUGUUAACAGGGGCUGUGAUCAGUGACAAUUUGAGGCCAAUACAAAGCUGCAGUCGCAACUAGAAUUCUGCAGCUGCUGACUUUCUCUUUCCUUGUUGCCAAAUGUGUGCUGUACAGGCAGUUGCACGGCUCUCAUAGGAGAGGGAAGCACAAUGAAACUUUUUGUGGAAAAAACACAAGUUUAAACCCUCACCACCACUCCGAGGCCAUUCUUGUUUUGAUGUGUAUGUGUUUUUCCUUUCCCACUACUGAUAUCUGCAUUUAGAUAUAUAUUGUGUGGACAUUUGCAUGGUGUCCACUUAGUUUAAUAGUAUAAAGUAGAACAGUGAAAGUGCAGUGCAUACUAAACUAUGAAGAUACUGUACAAUGUGAAAAAAAAUCAAAAAGACAAAAAAGUGAAAACAUGCAUAAUGCUGCUUUGGAUAUAAGAUGCCAACAAGCUAUUUGUUGAAAGGAUCUUUUAUCAAACACAUGCCUAAUAGAUGACUUUUUACUUCAUUUUAAAAUAAUAUGGCCUUUAGUGUACUGCCUACAAGAAGAAAUAAUUUUUGACUCUCUAGAGUUUUUUUUUUUCCUUUGAGGGUAUACAGUUGUGAUGGGAAUGUUAUUAUGUCUUUCCCUUAUAUUGUUAUGUUGAGUCCACUGUGCAAAUUAAAUGACUGACAAUUUUCUCACUUAAAAUACUAAAUCAUACACAUCAAGGGAUAUUAGAAAUCUAAUUCAUAAAAAAAAGUUUAUAUAUCAAACUAAUACUUUCGGUGGGCAUGAUAAGACUGAAUGAAUGGAAUAAAUUUGUCAAAAAUGAAUUUUAAGGAUGAUCCAAGAAUUAAAUGUUUGUUAUUCAUAAUUCUUUUUCUUUUUUUUUUUUUGCUUUUUUUUGUAUUUUUUUCUCUUUUUCUAAAAAUAUGUUUUUAUGUCAAUAUACUGAGGUACUUAGAUUUUUAAUCAGUUUCAUAAAUUCUUAGCUUAGCUUAUUCAAACAACAUGCGUAGAUAAUUUUCACCUGAAGAUAAAAUGUCUUCUUUUGUUAAUUUUGUUUCUUGUCUUAGAAAAAAAAAAGCUGAAGGAAAAAUAGGAGGCUCUGUAGAAUGUUGUGAUACUGUUGUCUUCCUUGCAUCUUUUGCAGUGAUUAUACUUCUAAAUGUUGUGCUUUGUGGCAGUCUUCAUGCCAAAGGUCAUUCUGAGCCAUCAGCAUUCCAUUAUCAUGUUGUCUGUAAAGAGAAAAAGAAAAUUAAAGAGGAUUUCUCAUUAUUGA